AUGUUAACGUCAACAUGCACAGUCCAGGAACAGGCAGCCAUGGGAAGCAACUGGAAUAAUAUCCAAAUGAUGCUAGGUGGUCGGGCAGCAGAUCUAUUUGUAGAGAUGGUAAUCGACCAGGUAGUUACCAACCCGGAUGGUAACCAGGCUAUCAACUACCUGGCAAUCAGUUACCUGAGUACAGACCGGGUUACCCAGUUGGCUAAAUACAAAUUAUGUGACGGUUCUUGUGUUGUGUGGCGGUGUUCAGAGAGGGCGCGCGCUUUGUGGGUGAAUUCGAGUUAA